AUGAAUCGCAAACCUCUCCCACCGACUGCGACAGUCCCGGCGGCAGUGACUCCUGUGACAGCAAACGCGACCACGGAACCUCAACCUCAACAACCAUUGGAAUGGGAAACCCAGACCGCACCGAAGAGGAGCUUCUUCAGCAAGCCUGCCUUUUUAGGUGCGUCGGAGAAGAACUCAGAGGCAGCAUCAAUCAAGACUGGGACAAAUGAAAUCAGAACAAACAAUGCGAAAUCAAGACCAUUCAGCGGCUUCCUCGCGCAUAAUCGCAAGAAGAAGUUGAUCUUGAUAGGAAUCGGCGCGCUUCUCCUCUUCAUAUUCAUCCUCGGUCUCGGACUUGGACUCGGUCUCAAGAAGAAAGGCAAAAUCUCCCAAUCCCUCCCUCUCCCAGGCAGUUCCCAGAUCUUCACCGGUGACCUCACAUACUACAGUCCCGGCCCCGGCUACGGCGCGUGCGGCUUCGAAAACACCUCUCACGAUAAAAUCUGCGCUGUAUCACACUUGGUCUGGGACGCCGUGUCGACGAGUUCGAAUCCGAAUCUGAACCCGUUGUGUGGGAAGAAGAUCCGGAUUACGAGGUUUGAUGCGGCGAAAGGACGGAAUAGCUCGGUGGAUGUGGAGGUCGUGGAUAGAUGUACCGGGUGUAAAGCGGAGGAUGUGGAUUUGAGUUUGGAUAUGUUUACGGCGCUGGCGGAUGAGGGGCAGGGGAGGGUUGUGGGGAGUUGGGCGUGGCUUGAUUGA